CGCAGUUAUACACACAUACAACCUGUAGUGAAACGUUAACUGGGAAGGGACCCCCCUGGAUUCCCAGUCGAUCUCUUGUAAUUAAUUGACGUCCCAGCUUAAUCUCUCUGGUGUCAGCAAACUCGAGUUCUGUAUCCAUCCAUCCGUCCAUCCAUCCGAUGUCACCGAGUCGACUGUAAUUGCCCGUUCGACCGCUAGAUGGCGCAAGAACGCAAAAUGAACGAAACACGAAAGGCGUCGGAAGGACCUUUUUGUCCCUCCGGACGGCCCGUCGCCGAGCGCUUCGCUCGCCCUUGAAAACGCGAGAUCAAAGUUUCAGUAAAAACUUUUUUUUUUAAAAAAAGGUGAGGAUUGUGCACAUGGAGCUCGCAGCGCCCCGUUCCAGCAGCGCCCCCCCGGAGAUCGGGCCCGAGAUCCCGGGCGAGCCGUACAGCGUGUCGCUCCUCCAGCAGGGCUACAGCGCGCCGCAGCCCGACGGCUCCACCCGCGCCGACUGCACCGUGUCCCUCGUGCGGGGCCCCUGCACCGUGCUCGUGGACACCGGGGGCCCGUGGGGCCGCGAUCGGCUCCUGCAGCGCCUCAGGGACAGGGGCGUGGAGCCCGGCGACGUGCACGUGGUGGUGGGGACCCACGGCCAUUCGGACCACAUCGGCAACCUGGCGCUCUUCCCCGAGGCCACCAUCAUCGUGGGCGGCGACGUGAGCCGCGGCGACCGGUACCUGGAGGACGGGCCGGCCGAGGGGAGGCCCUUCCGCAUCGACGCGCACGUGGGUUGUGGGUUGUCGGGGGGGAGAGCGAGAGCGAGAGCGCGCCCCCGCCCUGUUCUCGGAGCAGCACGAGUGAGAGCGCAGGAUCCUCUUAAAGUGACAGCGGCCUCUUUGGUGUGUGUGCUGGCCACGCCUGGCCACACGGGCCGAGACGUGAGCGUUCUGGUACGAGGGACCUCCCUGGGCUCCGUCCUGCUGGCCGGGGACCUUUUCGAGCGCCACGACGACGAGGACGUCUGGCGGCAGCUGAGCGAGAACCCGGCGCUGCAGGAAGCGAGCCGGAAGGAGGCGCUGCUCAUCGCCGACGUCAUCGUUCCCGGACACGGGGCCCCGUUCGGGGUUCCGAGAGGGCCGAGGGACGGGGCCGCGGCGCAGGGCCAAGAGCGCACGCUCGGCCAAAGCCUUAACUAACGUUCCUUCGCCCAGCAGCUCUCGGCCACAUACGGUUCCGUGGCAGACGCACGCGGUGAAGU